AUGGAGAGUAACUUUUUUCGUACUCGUGCUUUAUUCUGGUCAUUUUGGGCUAAUGUUAUAUUUUUUGUUGGUAUGAUUGGUUAUUUAUUGAUGGAUGGUCUUGACUAUAUGCGUCCAGAUACUUUCAAUGCAUCAAUAUCUUCUGGUAUCUAUGUUAUUCUUGCAGCUAUAUUCGUAGUUGACUCUACUUUUCAAUUACUUUCAAUUUGGAAUACUAACAGUAGUACUCAUCGAUAUUAUAUCAUGGUUUUCUCUUGUUUAUGUGAUAAGAUUGGAAGUUAUUCAUAUUUUUUUGGUGCAUUAUUUUUAGCAACAGCGUUCACAACUUCAAAAACAAUCUGGACAUGUAAUACCAUUGGUGUUUGUGGUUUUGCAAUUGGUGCUGCAAGCAAUAUGAUGAUUAAGGGACCGAGUAUUUUCUAUACGUGUGCUAAUAUUUUUAACUUGUUAGCAUCUUUACUAUACGUUCUAGCAACAUUUAUUACUCUUUCACCAAUAACACAGCUUAUGGUUAUUCUUGGUGAUAUUAUUUAUCUUAUUGACGCAAUUCUGUAUAUGAUAUGUUGGUUUUCUGAUCGACAAUCAGCUACUGUACAAAAUGAACAAACUAUAUUAAUUACUAAAUAA